AUGUUAUCUCGUCAGUACAUUGAUAACAACAUGAGGGCAAGUGCCUGGUCCUACAGUGCCAACAAGGACAAGAAGAAAAAUGUGCCUGAUCAUCUUCUCAGUUCUACUACAGCCGAAGGUGACGCAGGCAGUAAGAGUACGUAUGGAUCUGCAGAUCGUUGCUGCACAGUCUGCGCCGGUGGGUUGUUUCUCCCCCGGCAAAUGACGGACUCGGACGAAGCCGCACCAGCCCUGGUGGAUGUCGGCUCCAUGUCCAUGUCCAUGUCCUUGUCCUUAUCCGUGUCGUCGCCAGCCCGAAACACCCGUGGCACUCCAGCCAGCCCCACAUCAAUGGUAUCGCCUACAUCAAUGCUAUCGUCUCCCAGCUGGUCUUCUUCUCGGAAACUGGAACGUUUCGAACAAGAACGAAGGAGCAGUUCUUCGGGGGGCAAGGACCUUCCUGAAGUUGCUCGCAUUCAUCAGGACGAAAUCUUGUUGGGUAAGAAGUACGGCAAAGGUGGCUCAUCAACUGUCUUUGAAGUGACUGGUUUCAAUCUAGGCCAUGUCCCUGCGAAUGCAGCAGCUGAUAAACAGCAGCAACGACAACAACAAGUACUUCGGGAAGCCAUCACUGGAUCCUUCCCGCAGAAGGAUCGGUACGUGUUGAAGAAACUGAGUACCCGCAUCGAGUCUGGACUACCAGACGACAAGUACGCAAGGGCAUGCGCCAUUAAUCUUGUCCUGGAAGCCAACAUCUUGCGUGUCUUGAACCAUCCCAAUGUCCUCAAGUUGCACGGAAUGAGUCCUCCUGAGGAAGAAGCGCCCUAUCUGAUCCUCACAUGUCUACCAGAAAGCAUGGAACUUCGCAUCUUGCAUUGGAGGAAUCUGGUCAGAAAGCAAAAAAAACACUUGAGCACUUCUGGUGGGAGCAUGUGGAGGAUGGUUUCCGCCGUGGGAGGGAGUAAGAAACAGGCAUACUCCGCACAUAUAAAGCUUCGCAAGCUCUUGUGGGAACGUCUGCAUGUGGGACGGGAUAUUGCUCGUGCAGUGGAUCAUCUUCACAGCAAAGGCAUCAUCUACAGAGACUUGAAGGUUAGCAAUAUUGGGUUCGACUCCAGUGGGGUGGUCAAGAUCUUUGACUUUGGGAUCAGCCGGUUCUUGCCUCGAUCCUCCUCGGAGGGCAAUGGAACUGGCAAUGGCAAUGACGAAGAGACAUUUGCAAUGUCCAAGGCAGGCACAAAGAUGUUCAUGGCCCCCGAAGUCAUGGGGAAACAACCCUACAAUUGCAAGGCAGACGUCUACAGCUUUGGGGUCUUGUUGUGGCAAUUGUUGGCCAUUUCCACACCGAAACCUCUGAUUGAUGAUCUCAACAGUUGCAGCACCCAGGCCAUUGGUGUGGAUCAGUUUCCAAUAUUCGAUUUCCCCAUGUGUCCCUGUUGGCCCGCGACUACCCGAGACUUGAUCCAGAGCCUCAUGUCUCUGGACGCACGGGGAAGACCCAGCAUGGAGGAGGCACACGUGGCCUUGACGUAUCAACUGGAGAAGCUAAAGCGCGCAUUUACUCAACAAGAUUCGGUGCCUGUCUUGUCGGCAGUGUCAUCCGUUCGGUUGGCUUCCUCCCAAUCUUUCCGUAGGCCAUAG